UUUCUUAGGUUCAAAGAAAGCUAAGCAUCCAGAGGAAGCUGCGCCAUUGGGGCAACUAGCUGACUGUCAGAUGAAGUCACAACACAACUGGGACAUUUGGAAAUGCAGUGAAAAUCAACUGCAUUUCACAAACCCAGCAAUCAAGAUGAGCUGCUUCACUUUCUUGAAGGUCAUGAUGGUCUUAUUUAACCUGGCCAUUGUGAUUGGCGGAGGAGCACUCCUUGGCAUUGGGAUCUGGGUCAGUGUUGACAGUAGCAACUUUGUCAACACAUUUGGCCCUUUGUCCUCCAGUGUCCUGCAGUUUGUGAAUGUGGGCUACCUUCUUAUUGCCAUUGGAGCCGUCCUGUUUUUGUUGGGCUUCCUAGGAUGCUGUGGCGCUCAGAAGGAGAGCAAGUGCCUCCUCAUCAUGUUCUUCUCAAUUGUCCUGAUCAUAUUCAUAAUAGAAGUUGCUGCUGCAGUGGUGGCCCUGGUCUACACUUCUCUUGCAGAGACUAUACUUCAAGGAACAGUGACACAGUUAUUGAAAAAAGAGUAUGGGAAGUCCUCUGACCUCACUGCAGUAUGGAACAAAACAAUGGAAGAUUUGAAAUGCUGUGGUCUAAUGAAUUACACAGACUUCAAUGAUUCCUACUACUUUGAGAAACACAACGAGUAUCCACCAUUCUGCUGUGGAAAUGUGGCUGUUUGCAGUGCAGACUCCGCCAAGGCAGAAAAUAUGCCAGGCUGCUUCCCUCAGUUGCUGUCCGAAAUACGCAAGAAUGCUGGUGUAGUAGGUGGCGUUGCAGCUGGGAUCUGUGUAUUGGAGGUUGCAGCAAUGGCUGUAGCGAUGUACCUUUAUUGCCGCUUGGAUGAGAAAUGACUGGGAUAGAAGGCUAGGAGGAUCACCCUGGCAGGAGGCAAGAAAACGGCACGCAUAGCAACCUUUCCUUAACCUGUUUCCACAUCAAUCAAACAUUUCUUGGGCCUGAGGCAUGCCGUGUGUGAUUAACUCUUUGACUCUACCGAGCUGGAAUCUGUAGUGUGUACAUAAAUGAAAAGUGGUUUGAUAUGAAGCUUCUGUAAUAGCACAAGCAGCUUUUAUAUUGAAAGCUGGUAAUAACUGAAUCAAAGAUUUCAGGGGGUGGGGGUGGGAAGAGAAAAACCAGCAGUGUUUCUUCCUUCUAAAUAUGGUCUCUGCCACAGUAGAGUUUGGGGGGCUUUCCACUGGCUUUGAUACCUGCCAUCCUGAAAUACUCUCUAGGAGAGUAAAUGGCCCAGAAUGCUGCUGGUGGCUUUCAAAGGCUCCGGCUGCAUUCAUUUGCAAAUAAUAGAUUCCCAUCUCCAUGGAGUAUAAAUGGGAAUCAACAUGGCCUUUAUUCCACUACACAAAAAUACCAGCACAACCCAGGAGAUGAGCAAAGACCCAUAAGCUACUGUAAAUGGCUGGGGGGGGGGGAGACUAUGAAGAGUGGUGAUAUGAUUACUUCAAUCCCUCUCUGCAGGUUGGUGCAUAUGGGGAGUUGCCUACCUUUUUCCUAUUCCUCACCCCACCCCACUCCAUGCUGACAUGAUCAGUGUGACUUACCAAAACCUGUAUGGGUGUUUGGUUGAGCUGGCUCCACCUGAAGGGAGCCCCCCCCCCCCGUAGAACUUAGUUCUGUUGUAUAUUGACAGCCCUUUAUUUUUUUACACUUUGUGGAUACAAUUUAAUUUAUAAUCUAAUUAUAAAAUCAUUUUGUUUUGCAUGUUUGACUAUUGCAAUAAAAUCUACUAUUUAAUUACA